AAAAGGAAGAUAAAUAAUUAAUUAUUGGAAAAACUAUUAUUUAAACCAAUUAAACGAGGGUGUGAUCAUGGCAGGAUUAUACUGAGCGGGUGCGAGAGUGGUUUAAGUUUUUGUGAACAAAGUGUUGUUUUCCCCCUUUUUAUUCCGAACCAUUAUUUUUUCAAAUGCCCCUGUAUUGAACACUCCCUUCCUUGGAUUAUUAAAAGAUUAAACUAGAAGCCUCGAGGGAAGUUAUCAAUGCUCAUAUGGUUACUAACGAGGCUCCAAUGGCUGAAGAUUCUGCAGAAAGGGCGAAGAAGAAAUCUGAGAUGAAAAUGAGUUCAAUGGAAGAGGAGUGCAUGAUUGACAAGAGAAGAACUGCAACCCUUAAGGAGUGCUCCGAUAUUCUUCAGAAGGAAGCAUCCCCUCGAUAUAGCAAGGAUAUUUUCAAAAAACUUUUUCAUGACGAGGUCUUGCUCGGAAAACUGUUUGUCCUUUUCGAUCAACACGGAGAGGAACAACUCAAGCAAGAUGAAUGGAUUCAAUUCCUGAAAGGGAGACUCACGAACGAAAAACAGAAUGAAUUCGUUGAUCAGCUCGAAAGUGUCGCAUACGCAUUAUGUGGAGAUAAACCAGUAAAUGCCACAACUUUUCGUCAAAUAUUUCAAGCAAAAGGGGUGUCAGAGAAAUUAUUCAGACUGAUAGAUCAAGAAAACUCUGGAACUGUGACACUACAACAAAUGAUGGAGUUCCUUUCAAAUAUCAGCAGCACAAGGUCGUCUAUUGCCAUAAACGGAAAUAAUAUCGAGUGGCUAGAAAAAAUAUUCAAACAGACAGUCGGCAAUGAACGCGAAAUUCGACGAGAGGAGUUCAAAAAAAUUGUAGUCUCAAAGAACCCUUUCUUCACGGAAAGGGUCUUUCAAAUUUUCGACAAGGACAAUUCUGGCGCAAUAUCCCUGCAAGAGUUUCUUGAUGCGAUGCACCAGUUUGCCGGCAAAACGCCGGAUGACAAAAUAAGAUUCCUAUUUAAGGUGUAUGACAUCGACGGGGACGGUUUGAUUCAGCUUCGAGAGCUGGAACAUGUGAUGAGAGCUUGCAUGGAAGAAAAUGGGAUGAAAUUUAGCGAAGAGCAGAUAGAAGAUUUGACUAUGGCCCUCUUCGAAGAUGCUGAUCAAGGAAAUCGUGGUGAGAUUACCUUCGAAGCUUUGAAAAAACAACUCGAAAAACAUGAAGGACUUCUGGAAAAUUUGUCCAUUAGUAUAGAUAGAUGGAUGGUACCUCCAAAACCGGAGCCAAAGCGAAAAUCUUUUCUCGGAUUCCUGCUAUCUUUGCGUCCAUAUCAGCUGACGAAACCCUACAUCAAGAACAAUUACGUGUACCUCACAUUUCUCUCAUUCUUUAUUUUAAUAAACUUCAUUCUCUUCGUGUCAAGACUCUAUCAAUACAGAAAUAGUAAUGGAUAUGUUAUGCUGGCUCGAGCUUGCGGGCAGUGCUUGAACUUCGAUAUCACAUUUAGUUUGGUAUUAAUGCUUCGACAAUGUAUCACAUUCCUACGAACUCAUGGAUUUAGUUCAGUACUUCCUUUGGAUCACCAUAUAUAUUUUCAUAAAGUGACUGGAAUGCUUAUUGGAAUAUUCAGUAUCGUUCAUACUUUAAUGCAUCUCCUCAAUUUUGGUAUGGUGGUGAUAAAUGAUGAAGAGCUUAACAAUCGUAAUUACACAAUGACUGAGUGGCUUUUAACAACACGUCCCCAUAUGUUUGGAUUAAUCGCUGGAGGAGCUAAUCCUACUGGUGUAACCCUUAUCAUCAUUCUUACUGUGAUAACUGUUUGCUCAAUGCCAUUUGUCAGAAGAGGAGGUUGUUUCGAGAUAUUUUAUUGGACACAUUUACUAUAUGUACCCUUUUGGAUUUUGACCAUUUUCCACGGACCGAACUUCUGGAAGUGGAUAUUUGUGCCCGGUACCGUUUAUCUUAUGGAAAGAAUUCGUCGUCUGAUUUGGUUGCGGUCUCAGCGUGGCAAAACGUACAUUAGUUCUGGCCUUCUUCUACCUUCAAAGGUCACUCACCUUCUUAUCAAAAGACCACCGCAUCUUGACUUUCGUCCUGGAGAUUAUGUCUUCGUGAAUAUACCUGUAAUUGCAAAAUAUGAAUGGCAUCCCUUCACCAUCAGCAGUGCACCAGAACAGGAAGAUUAUAUGUGGCUUCAUAUUAGAGCAGUGGGUGAAUGGACAAACAGUCUCUAUUCUUAUUUUGAAAAAGAGCAACUAAAGCUCCAUCAUGGAAACGUUCUGCCUGCAGACGGAUGUGGCAUUCUAAGGCGUCUUUCGUGUCAAAGUACUUUGAAGAAAAGAGCAGCUCUUCGUGAAAAAAAAAUUUCCUUAGAAUCUCUCGAUGAUCCUCGAGGACUUGAUAAUCCUCUUUUCGUUCCUGAUGAAAACAAAACUUCCACUUCGAGUCCUACCAUCAACUCGACAAAUACAUUUUUUUCUACUGAUGGUAAAUUGCAGCAGAAGAAUCCUCGUGAACGAAAAUUGCACGAGUUACUUAUGAGUAGUAAAAUGCCUCUCGAAAAAUCGCACUCUGUGCCUGACAUGCAAACCAAGACCAAGAAGCGAGCACGACUUCUUGCUCUACGUAGUUACAUGAGAUCUGAGUCCGAAAAAAGUUUUGAUGAGUGUCAAAUUCGACGUGCAAGACUCAAGUCUUUGGGAAUUGCUUAUUUGAGUCCACAGAAUAAAUCACUUGCUCAAAGUUUUCGUUAUAUGAGGACAAAACCGACUAUAAUUGCAUUUAAAACACCAAGCUUAGAAAAUUGUGAAUAUCAAGAUCCAUCGAGCAAUGCAACUCCUUCUGUAAAAGAAACUGUGAAAAAAUCACCUCCAAGCCCUUUAGCUUUGCCAGAAGCUGCUGCAGAGGAAGGUCGAGUAGGAAAAACUCCCGAAAGAGAAACUAAAGCAAAAAACUUCAUGGAAAAAUAUGGAGAAUUUCCUUGUCAGUCUGCUAUAGAUUAUCCAGUUGGAAAACCCCUCGAGAUAUACCUAGAUGGUCCCUAUGGAGCCCCUUCUAGUCACAUAUUCCAGGCCCAGCAUGCAGUAUUGAUAGCUACAGGCAUCGGGGUCACUCCGUUCGCUUCAAUCCUCCAGUCAAUCAUGCACCGGUACUGGAAAGCAAGACACACGUGCCCAAAAUGUUCCUUUUCGUGGGCAAGCGAAAUACCGCCUACGGUUAUGCACCUGCGGAAGGUGGAUUUCUUUUGGAUUAAUCGAGAUCAACACUCGUUCGAAUGGUUUGUUAACUUGCUUUCCCAGCUAGAAAUAGAGCAAGCCGAACUUGGAGCUACGAUGGAACGAUUUCUAGAAAUGCACAUGUACAUCACAAGUGCAUUACAGAAAAAUGACAUGAAAGCUGUUGGGCUGCAACUCGCCAUGGAUCUCUUACACGAAAAAGAAAAAAGGGAUCUCAUUACUGGACUGAAGACUAGGACCAAUGCGGGGCGUCCAAACUGGGACAAGGUCUUCAAACAGCUCCAGGAUCGAAAAAAGGGAAAGGUGACGGUAUUUUAUUGUGGUCCACCAGAGCUAGCAAAAAUCUUACGGUAUAAGUGUGAUCAGUUUGGUUUUAGUUUUCGAAAGGAAUCCUUCUAAAGAGUGAUAUAAAGCCAACAGCGAAACCAGAGCGAACUUUCUCUCUUCCUUUCAAUAGUCUUCGAAUAUUUGCUGAUCUUGAUACUCGUAAAG